CGGAGACGCAGCGGUCCAACUGCUGAAGAGUCUCCAUGUGACAGGGACCUGGGUUCCAGCUCCUGGCGCCCCCCGACUCUGGUUCCCGACCUAAGCACUGUCCACUGCCCGGAGCCCGCAGACCCCAGCAGGCGGGGGACGCCCGGGGUUCGGCCGUGCCGCCAAAGGACUCGGGGUGCAGAGUGAGUUGCCGCCGCCAGGCCAGGUGCAAGCGACCCCGCCGAGACCCCGGAGUAUCCGGAGACGGGCGGAGCGGCGAGGCGGAGCGGGGAUUUCUGCGGGCACCGGCGCCCCCGAUCGCGGAGGCAUGAACGGCUUCACGCCGGAGGAGAUGAGCCGCGGCGGGGACGCGGCCGCUGCAGUGGCCGCGGUGGUCGCUGCCGCCGCCGCCGCCGCCGCCGCUUCGGCCGGGAACGGAGCCGGGGCGGGUGCAGGAACUGAGGUGCCCGGCGCCGGGGCAGUCUCGGCGGCUGGGCCCCCAGGAGCGGCCGGGCCGGGCCCCGGACAACUGUGCUGUCUGCGGGAGGACGGCGAGCGGUGCGGCCGGGCGGCAGGCAACGCCAGCUUCAGCAAGAGGAUCCAGAAGAGCAUCUCGCAGAAGAAGGUGAAGAUCGAGCUGGAUAAGAGCGUAAGGCAUCUUUACAUUUGUGAUUAUCAUAAAAAUUUAAUUCAAAGUGUUCGAAACAGAAGAAAGAGAAAAGGGAGUGAUGAUGAUGGAGGAGAUUCACCAGUUCAAGAUAUUGAUACUCCAGAGGUUGAUUUAUACCAAUUACAAGUAAAUACACUUAGGAGAUACAAAAGACACUUCAAACUACCAACCAGACCAGGACUUAAUAAAGCACAACUUGUUGAGAUAGUUGGUUGCCACUUUAGGUCUAUUCCAGUGAAUGAAAAAGACACCUUAACAUAUUUCAUCUAUUCAGUGAAGAAUGACAAGAACAAAUCAGAUGUCAAGGUUGAUAGUGGUAUUCACUAGGCGAGAUGGAAUUGAGACUGAGACUUGGACAUGCAGAUGUUAAGUCUGUUUACUGUUUUCACAUGUAGAAAUAAAUGUUCCUGUGUAUUUUUUCUACAGAGGAUUUUCUCUGGUUUUAUUUUCUUUGUUUCUGACUCUAAUAAUUAGUUGGAAACUCAUGUAAAGAAGCUUUCCUAGAUUAACAAGUAUUUUAAAUAAAAGUAUUACUAUUA